CCUCUUCCCCUCGCCGCCGUCCCGCCCUCGCCCGCAAACCCAAACACUCCGUGAGCUAGUGCGCGUGAUCUGCCUGUGGUCGUUUGGACGAGAGAUGCUGCUGCUGGCGGCCGCCGGCCUCGUGGCCUUCGUGCUGCUCCUCUACAUGGUGUCGCCGCUCAUCAGCCCCAAGCCCCUCGCGCUGCCCGGUGCGCACGUAGUGGUGACAGGCGGUUCCAGUGGCAUCGGAAAGUGCAUUGCUAUCGAGUGCUUCAAACAAGGAGUUAUAACUCUGGUUGCACGAAAUGAGGACAAGCUGCUGCAGGCGAAGAAAGAAAUUGAAAAGCACUCUAUUAAUGAUAAACAGGUGGUUCUUUGUAUAUCAGUCGAUGUGUCUCAAGACUAUAACCAAGUGGAGAAUGUCAUAAAACAGGCACAAGAGAAGCUGGGUCCUGUGGACAUGUUGGUUAACUGUGCAGGAACGUCUCUGUCAGGAAAGUUUGAAGAGCUUGAAGUUAGUAGUUUUGAGAAAUUAAUGAGCAUCAACUACCUGGGCAGCGUGUACCCCAGCAGAGCAGUGAUCACCACCAUGAAGGAGCGGCGGGUGGGCAGAAUCGUGUUCGUGUCCUCUCAGGCAGGACAGCUGGGACUGUUUGGUUUCACAGCCUACUCUUCGUCCAAGUUUGCCAUAAGAGGAUUGGCAGAAGCUCUGCAGAUGGAGGUGAAGCCUUACAAUGUGUAUGUCACUGUGGCCUACCCACCGGACACUGACACCCCGGGGCUGGCGGAAGAAAACAAAACCAAGCCCCUGGAGACCCGGCUCAUUUCAGAGACAACAGCUGUUUGCAAACCAGAGCAGGUGGCCAAACAAAUUGUCAAAGAUGCCGUGCAGGGAAAUUUUAAUAGUUCCAUUGGCUCAGAUGGGUAUAUGCUCUCUUCCCUGACCUGUGGAAUGGCCCCAGUGACUUCCAUCACUGAAGGACUCCAGCAGGUGGUCACCAUGGGCCUUUUCCGAACCAUUGCUUUAUUUUACCUUGGAAGUUUUGAUAAUAUAGUUCGCCGCUGCAUGGUGCAGAAGGCAGAAUCCGAAACUGUAGACAAAACUGCCUGAUUCUUGCCCCUGGACAAGAGACUUUCUCCAGUGAUUGACAGCCUGCUGCUAACGGAACUCGAUCUUCGGCCUCCGGACUCCUGUGUCUUGUUUCUGAAUGUGUGAGACUAGACCCAGUGCUCUUCAGACAUCUGACUGCAGGCAAAGGGACAGAGGUCGUCUCUAUGAUGUUACUGUUAACACUAUGCAAAUGUGGGCCAGGGCAGCACGCGAAGUGGUGGUCGCGUGGGAAGUCGUAUCAGGAGAACAGGGUAAAGGACACAACUCCAGAACGGGAAGUCGGUUUUUCAUUUAUCCUCCCCUCCUGUCCAUAGAGAUCGAGAAAUGUACUUGGUGGCACGCAAGAACUUUUGAGAGUUUCUUUUGAUUUCUGGUUUUAAUUUUUCAUGAAAGAUGGUGUCUGGGUUUUUAUUAGGUUUUUUUUGUUUGUUUGUUUGGCUUUUGGUUUUUAAUUUUUUCAGUUUAUGUUAUUCAAGGUGUGUCUUCCUCAAAGCAGUGAGCCUGACUGUCAGCUCCUCCGUGCCUGUUGGGAACUCCUGCUCGUGAAGCUGGCUUCUCUCUCUUUGAUCCUACAAUAUGGGGGAUGAGAGAGCUGUGCAGAGGAAGGCAAGAGGCUGAGCCCUUCGCAUAAGCAGAUGGGGCUUGUCUUCUUAAGACUAAUACAUAGAACAUUUUCAUUUUUAUUCAUGGGGAAACACAGCCUUCUUACAUGUUUUCUGAAUAGAAAUAAAAUCGCAUAGAAGCUUAAAAGUUUACAGUUUCUUCAAUAGCCAUGAUGACAUGAAGUUCACAGUUCCCUUCCAGCGAGUCUCUGUGUUCUUCCCAUCUCUCUUUCUAAUUUUGCUUAUUCUUCUGUAGUAUUUUUAUAAAAAAGGGGAGGAGAACGAUGGAAACCAAUGCAUACUUUGUUUUUACUUUUUAAAUUAAUUUAUGAAUUCAUUUUAAAAAUUAAAAGCAUGAUAUUCUUAUAUUUUUGGUUGUGAGCCUAACCUUUAACGGCUGAGCCAUCUCUCCAAAGCAUGAUGUUCUUAUCCUGUCAGCAUACAUGUAGCUUUUAGGGAAGGCAGCUAGUUGUAUAUUUUCAGUCAAGUUACUCGUAAAAGCUGACUGAUUUUGAAGACCCUCUUGGAAGUAAGAUGUGCAGCUGCUCUGUCUCACACUGACUCGAUGGUAUCCCCAGGGUGUAAGGAGACCUUUGCUCCCCUAGUGCAGCCUGUACUCAGGCAUGUGCUGUGGGCUGCAGGGCUGCCGCGCCGAUGAGGCCAGUCUGUGUCCCGCUCACUCUGCUCACUGUGCAGCUCAAGGGCUGCUGUCUUUGCCCUCAUGUUUUGUCUUGUCCUCCUGUAUAUGAAGUUGUGUAUUCCAGUUCAUCCCACUGGGAAAAUACCUCUACUUUCAAAGAAAAAAAGACUUUUUAAAUGUUAAAAAAUGAGACAAAACAACAACAAAAAUCUAUUGAAAACCUAGAAAUUAUUGCCAUGGCAAACAUUUGUUUUUUGCUUUUCUCUCUCUCUUUUCUUAAACUGGCUAUUGUUUUCAGCCUGGUAUCCUGCCUCAGCCACCCGAGGGCCGGCAGUACAGCCCUGCGCCGCUAUAGCCAGUGAGCCACACAUUUUAUUUUCUCUUUGAAUUUUUCAAGCUCUUUACUUUAUGAUGGCUUAUUUUUUAAUUAAUAAGAUAUCUAAUAGCUCCAUCUUUAUCGAGACCUAGAAGGAUAUAUUUUAAAUGUCAUUACAGAGAUGACUUUGUUAUGUGCAUUGCUUUCCAUGACUUCAUUCUGUAUGUAGCAGUAGGUGGACAUUGUCAGAAUGGUUCCGAGACUCCUGCAGUCUGAUCUAGCCAAAGUUUGCGACUUACGUCCCAUUGGACAGCUGCUGGAGUGAACAGUGGCGACAGGUUCCUCAUUCACAGGAACUGCAUCCCUGUUUGCACAGCUUCCAAUUUUAUUUUCUUACCUAUUAUUAUCUGUUAAAAUGUAGUCCAAGGUGUAGUCUGAGAAAGGACAAUUAACUUUUUCAUUAUACCAUUUCCAGAUAGUCUUCGGGUAGAGGCUGGCUCUGUGGAUAAUGCCUGAAAUACAGGGAAGAGCCUUGUUUCAUGGGAGGAGAUGCCACCCUAGCCUAGCUUGAACUCAGGUCUGCAGCCCGUGACACCAUGGCAUGAGCCUUUUUGUUCACUGUGAGAGGCCCCAACACCCUCACUCAGAAAGCCUCAGAAGAAUCUUCUAAAGUUGAUACCGUAAUUCAUUUGUCAUCGACUUGAACUUGUUUUGAGAAUAUUGUAGUUUGUUAACUUUACCAGACUCCGUGCAGAUGUCCUGUGUGUCAGUAUGUGUUCUGCGUUACCUUUGAGAAGUCUGGCCGAGCAUGAACUUUGACACACAGGCGGCAUCCCACAAGACUGUGAUUUUAUCCUAGGCGUGGAAACGCUAAUGGCUUCGUGGGGGACAGCUUGGUUGUUAGGGAGAUUAUUAACUUUCUCCUCUUGCUGACAGUUGACCGCAGGGCAUUCUUUACCUCUGAGUUACUAAGCCCAGCUCUAGGCUUGCAGUUCUGUUGUAGUGUUUCCUCGGAGUGACCAGGAGCUUGUGGGCUUUCAGUUCUGAAUGCCUGCUCUGCUACCUUGGGUUGUAUUAUUUUAUUGGAAUAUAUCCUAUCUUUGAAAAUUAACAUCACUCUGCUAUUAAAAUUCCAACAUAAAUUUGGGGACCAAUCAUAAUUGAGAAUGAAUAGGAAAUAAUCUUCAUUUACUUGUUUUUAAACAAGAAGAGUCCCAGACUAGGAAGUGACUCAGCGGGAGAACCCUUGCCUAGCCGUGUGAAGGCCUGGAACUCACUCCUCAGGCCAGUCCCAAAACAUCUUUUAUUUAAGGUUAUUCUCUCCUAUGGCUUUAAAAUUUAACAAUUUACACAGUUGAUUAUUUAGAAUGUUACGGUCUCUUUUUAUUAAUACUUAUAUAUAAUUUAGUGGUCUUUAUUUAUCUGGACCUAUUAAAUCACAUAUUGACUCCUAAAAGCAGGAUUUGUAGUUGACUUUCUGACAGAAGGUGAGAACAUUUCUAUCACAGUUGCUUUAAUGCAGACAGAUAUACGUAUUUGUUUCAGUGAAUUAGAUUACCAAAUCUAAAUUCAUUAUAUUGUGUUCUGAUUGAAACAUGUCUUACUGCAGGCCAGAGUUAAUAUUUACUCUUUUUGCUUGAGGAUGCAUUGUGUCUUUCUCAUUUUCCUUAGUCCUUGGGACCCCAGCUUUCAAAGCCCCUGCUGAUCACCACCCUCUGGUUCUGGACUGGGCCUCGCUGCUCUGACCGUGGUCAUUAUAUUUUAUACUUGUUUGUGGUGAGAACUUGACAUUUUUACACUGACAAAGAACACAUGGCUGUUUUGAUAUUUAGAAAGGGCUGUAUUUAGGAGCUUUUGUGGCAUUACUGUAACAAUUUCAUACCUUGUAUUUCUGAACUACACACACAAAAUAAAUGGGAACAAGCUUUA